AUGUCUACGAGAACACUGAAAGAGUACACGAGAAGCGAUGUGGAACAGCACUGCACUCACGACGAUUUGUGGAUCAUUUUCAGGGAUAAAGUGAGUUUUUCUCUCAAAUUAUGUACUUUAUAUAUAUUUAUUUAUUUAAGGUGUACAAUAUGACUCCGUACUUCAACCAGCACCCCGGAGGAUUGGCCAUUCUUCGCUACGCUGGCAAGGUUCGCACUCGAUUUAGUCAAACUUUGCCCUCGAUUUUCUCGUUCAAUUUUGAAGAUUUUACAAAUGUUAAAAAACGAAUCGAAAGACAAUUUUAUGCUCUACACCUUUGUAGUUGACUAUUUUUCACAAUAAUCUUCCUGUGCUGAGAUAUUCUUGUAUUAUUGAAGGUGUCAAGUAGCGCGCGCUAAAACUUGCAUCUUGUCAUUCACACUGAAAAUAUCUGGACGCAAAAAAAUUUAAAUACAAAAUGAUUAACAGAAAUGUUGUAGAGCACGAAAUGAUCGUCCGAUUCGCAUUUUAACAUUCAAAAUAUGUUUAAAAUUGACCGAGAAAAUCAAGAUUGAAUGUGUACAAAGUGAACUUUGACGCCAUGAUCUUGUUCUAGCAGUCGCGAAUGAAUUAGGAGCAUAAUGCAACUUUUAAUCCUAAUCCUAAUGCACAUUUGCCCCAGGACACCUCCACAGUACUUCCCUUCGUCGCAUCCCAUGGAAUCGCGUGGAAGUUUGUGGAGAAGAAGCUCGACGAGCACCUAAUCGGAACGCUCAAAAAGACGCCUUUAUCGUUUUGA